AUGUAUGUUGUUAGAAAAGACGGCGUGGGUAUGAUCUCAGACCGACAUGAGUCAAUACGGGCAGUAGUAAAUCGUUCCGGUGGCGACUGGCAACCUCCAAGAGCAUGGUGGAUGUUUUGUAUAAGACACAUCGGCAGUAACUUCUCAAGGGCAUUUAAAGUCCUUCAUUUGCAAAAGCUUGUUGUCAACAUAGGGUAUUCAAGAACGGUGGAGGAGUACAAUAUGAACUAUAAGAGGUUGGAAGAGCGAGGCGAGGCAUAUGCCAGGUGGUGCGAUGCCAUUGGACUCAGACAUUGGGUAUUGGCAUUCGACGAGGGACAUCGAUGGGGCCAUAUCACAACAAACCUUGUCGAGUGCAUUAACUCAGUGUUGAAGGGUGCCCGUAAUCUACUUGUGUUGGCGCUGGUCCGAGCAACAUAUUAUAGGUUAAAUGAACUUUUUACGUGGAAGAGUGCCGAGACUCACGAACGCAAGCGUGCUGGAUAUACGUACUCCGCAUUUGCGCAACAGCGGAUAGAAGCAAGUAUGCAACAGGCUGGGAAUAUAGUUGUGCACCGCUUUGAUAGACGAAAUGAGGUGUUUGAGGUGCGCGAAAUGACUACUGGAAAGGUGCUAGUUGUUGAUCUUGCACGACAGACGUGUGACUGUGGGCACUUUCAGGUUGAACGAAUACCAUGUCGCCAUGUUAUUGCUUGCUGUGCUAACCAGCGUCUCGAUUGGCAGUUGUAUGUGCAUGAUGUGUACAAGAUGACAGAGGUUUGUAAAGUAUAUAGGUUUGAGUUUACACCAUUAGGUGAUCCCGAUACAUGGCCUGCUUAUGAGGGACCCACAUUGGUCGCUAAUCCCACACAGAGGCGAACGUCUAAAGCCAGGCCCAAACUGAUCCGAUACUUGAAUGAAAUGGACUCACGCGACAUGCGUGGUCCUCGGAUAUGCCGUCUCUAUGGUGCUCAGGGUCAUAGUCGGAGUAGGUGUCCUCAGUGUGCUGGACCGAGUGGUGCUGGUUCGUAG